AUGAUAUUAGCCCGCAGGAUCAAGGGCAAGGCCACGCUAGGCCUCCAAAUGAACCCACCUCAGCCCUUUAUUGGACACUUAAUGUCGGCGUGCGGUGGCUUGCACAACGAGUGUGAUCCUCAAAACCUGGAAAUUGUCCAGGUCUGCCCGCACGCUGCUCUGCUAACCCAGCGCUUCCCUCUCGCUGCCCUGCCGGCCCAGUGCUGCCCUCACGCUGCUCUGCCGGCCCAGUGCUGCCCUCACGCUGCUCUGCCAGCCCAGUGCUGCCCUCGCGCUGCUAUGCCGUCCCAGCGCUGCACUGCCAGCCCAGUGCUGCCCUCACGCUGCUCUGCCGGACCAGUGCUGCCCUCACGCUGCUCUGCCGGCCCAGUGCUGCCCUCACGCUGCUCUGCCGUCCCAGUGCUGCCCUCUCGCUGCUAUGCUGUCCCAGCGCUGCUCUGCCGGCCCAGCGCUGCUCUGCCGGCCCAGUGCUGCCCUCACGCUGCUCUGCCGGCCCAGUGCUGCCCUCACGCUGCUCUGCCGUCCCAGUGCUGCCCUCGCGCUGCUAUGCCGUCCCAGCACUGCCCUCACGCUGCUCUGCCGGCCCAGCGCUGCCCUGCCGUCCCAGUGCUACCGUCGCGCAGCAAUUCUGAGCUAAUGCUACCCUCAUGUAGUAUGCGGACCUGCUGCUGCCCUCAAGCUGAGCAGCGGUGA